GACGUCCGCCGCGGCGGCGAUAGAGUCAACAUCCGGCGACGCAGAGAUGCGCACGUUUCGGCGCUCGCCGAGGGAAAAGGGACGCCGCGGUCGUGACUUCGGGACAUGAGAGCGACGAUGAAGAAGCCCGCCAGCCUGCACAGCAGCACCUGAGGAGCACGCUCGCUUCCAGCGUUACUUGUCCAACUGAGGAAUUUGGUCGGCUCGCUUCGGAUUUAUCGUGUAGGCCCCGGUCUUCAGGCCCCCGUAAAGCACAUCAUUCCGAAACGCGGCCGAGAGAGGCUAGCUUUUUCCACCAACGAGGUGAGAAGAGAACUAAUCGUCUAAUAAUUUUUGGUGAAGAUUGAUCAUUAAUAUCAAGAGUGUUUCUCCUUUGUGUAUCUUGUUCAAAGAGGUUCUCGACGUCCACAGUUAAGGGCAAGAGAGCCAUGUCAUCAGGUGCAGGUUCCAGUGGAACUGGCCGGGGGCGUGGUUCAUCACUGGCAGACAAUAAGCCAGAGAGCAAGGAAGCGAAGCCUAAUCCAAAGAUGUCGAAAGCUUUAGGAACUUCCGCCAAAAGGAUACAAAAAGAAUUGGCAGAAAUCACAUUAGAUCCACCACCAAAUUGCAGUGCAGGACCUAAGGGAGACAAUUUAUAUGAAUGGGUAUCAACAAUACUUGGACCUCCAGGUUCAGUUUAUGAGGGAGGAGUAUUUUUCUUAGACAUACACUUUUCUCCAGAGUAUCCAUUUAAACCUCCAAAGGUUACAUUCCGAACACGUAUCUAUCAUUGUAACAUCAAUAGUCAGGGUGUGAUUUGUUUAGAUAUUUUAAAGGACAAUUGGUCUCCUGCGUUAACCAUUUCAAAGGUUCUAUUGUCCAUCUGUUCUCUUUUAACAGACUGUAAUCCAGCGGAUCCCUUAGUAGGAAGUAUAGCAACACAGUAUCUACAAAAUAGAGAAGAGCAUGAUCGCAUAGCACGGCUUUGGACUAAACGUUAUGCUACAUGAAUGACAUUUUGAAGAAAAAAAAAAAAAAAACUGAUCUCCUUGUUCUUUCAAAGCGAACUUAAGGGAGCCCGUUUAACUAUAUUAAAAUUUUGAUUAUUCGGACAUUGAUCAAUUAUUUUUGAUAAAUUAAUGAGAAUAAUUACAAAUUUUUUCGAUUAAUCGAACGCAGGUUUAAAUUUUUUAAUGUAGUGGUAUUUUUCUUUAAAUUAUAUUUUAAUUAAAAUUAUUUGUCAUGGUUUAGAAUAUUGUUCCAUUAACCAUAUAUAUAUUUUUUCAUUGAUAAAUUUUGAUUAUUUUACAGAUUUAUUAUUUCACUAGUCAGCAUUAAGGAAAAUUACCUUACAUUAAUGAAAGCUACACAGUUAACAAAGAUGUUUGAUUACUCGAAGAAAUAUUACGAAUACUUGAUAAUUUCUUUUUGUUUAUGUUUGAAGUACAUUUCUUGAUAAAUAUAAAUAGUCAUUAUAAAUGAUCAUUCGAAUAAUCACAAUUCAGGUUCUCUGCACCUUCGAAAACUUAUCGUAUGUAUAUGUAUAUCUAUCGAAGGAUUGCUUUAAAUGAAAGACUCUUUAAGAUCGUCGAUACGAUCAUUGUGAUGUGCUUUUAUAUCGAGUAUGUAAAUGUGCCUAAGAUGAAUGAAUGUGCGUGCAUGUGCUACCUUGCUAACUCGUUUUCACCCCGCAGCUCUUGAAAUGUUUAUAUCUUCCAAAAUGUAUUCUUGUGAAUACUGAUGAUGCCAUUAAAGUAUACAUUUAGUCCUAACGUUUAAUCUUAAAUAAUUUUGCCAUUACAUGUAUUGAUCUUUAUGAAAAAUAUUUUUUUUAAUAAUAAAUUAUUUGUAUAAAAAGUACAUGCAUCAAUUCGACUCAAAGUUUUAUAAUAGUAUCACGAAUUUUUUUGAGCAAUAAAUUUUUACAUAACAAUACAUUUGACUGAUAUUAACAAUUCAUAUUAGUGUAGCAAAUUUAAUUCAAGAAAAUAUUUUAGUUUUUAUUGUAAAGUACAAAUCUGUACUUUCACACUAUCUUUCUUUUAAAGUAAAGAUUAUUGCACAAUGUCUUCCAAAAUUAGAAGUGACUUAUUUCUCAAGACAAAAUAACAGGUUGAAGUUGUGAAUUUAUAUAAUAUAUAUUUUCAUAAUUACAAUAAAAGUCUCUUAGGUUUUUGAAUUUUUUGAAAGGUGCGGCACAAGGGUGAAAAAGUGAAAGUGAGGGCUUCUAUGUUUUUUCCUUUUUCCUUCGUUUCUUUUGUUUAGUUGCUCGUUUUAAAAAUUGCGAUGAGAUAGUAUUUAAAGUGGUAUGUCCAUUGAGAGUAUCGAAUAAUAUUAAUAGGUUAGGCAAUAUUAUGAACAAUACAAAUAAUCUGACUUGUAAGUAAUUAGGAUGAUAGUUAUCGUAAGGGUCCCUUUAAGAUUUCGAAUUGUUCACAUAAUUGAUUGCCGAAUUUAUUUUUAUUUGAUCAUAUUUCAUUCCAUCAAGAUAAGAAAAAGGAACGUAUAUUAGGUAGAAAUUUUUUAUAUAAAUUUUAAUCCAUUUAUUCGGUAACAAUAACGCCUAUGAAAAACUAAAUUUUGAUAAUACUGUUGUAAAUUUAAUAUAUAUCAACGCGCCUUUCAAGAUGGUUUUAAUCGGGCCCAUAAAAAUUUAAAUCGCUGUAAGUGUAAAUAAACACAAUUUUCUCUAUGUUAACGAUAUAAAAAUUCAUAGUCCGUGGAUCCCAUGAAAUCUGUAUUGAUUGAUUAACAAAUAAUUCAAGAAAUUGUUGAAUAAUUUUAUUUUAUAAAAUAUUUAAAGAUAAAUGAAUGAAUUUUGAAUUUGAUAUGAUCAAUUCGUAUAAUUCAUAUAACAAUAAUCAAUUAUUUAACAAAAUCAAAAAUAUAUUAAUUUUGUUAAAAGAUACAUUGACAUACAAGUUGUAUAUCUAUUAAUAUUGCAAAUUGACAACAGUCUCAAAAGUUUAAAUAAUUUACUGUCUUAAUUAUUUCAUUUUGUUGCUUGUACAGUUUAUGUAGAGAAAUUUUGUUUUUUAUUUGAUUGAAAUUACUGUCGUUGAGAUUCUUGUAAAUAUAUUCUGUGAAAUUCUUGAUAAAAUGAUAUAGAUCUUCUGGACCCCUGAAAUUGUAUAUAGGUCGUACGUAGAAAUUUGCUCUUUUGUAAUUAAAUGUGAAAAAAAGUAAAAACAUUUUUAACGAAGCGUGUUUUAUCAUACAAAUUAUGUAAAGGAAAUUGUUUAAACGAUUCUUUGAGUCAUUUAAAAAAUCACAAAGGGAAGAGGUUUCAAUAAUUUCCAAGUAUUCUAACUUUUUGUAAUCCAUACAAAAUAAUGUGAUAAAAAGAAUCGUUUAAACGGAUUCCUAUUUUAUUUUCUCCUGUGAAUUUCUUUUAUUUUCUUUUCAACAAAUAGUUGUAAGACGCUACAAGAGAGCAUCCUAUAUGAUUAAUAAAUGUUAGUCAGUUAAUCUUAUAUAAGUGAAUAUAGAACAAAAUAAAAGAAGAAAAUCUGGUCGUAUAGAA